GGGAGGGAGGGCACCUUGUGUUCAUCAGAGUUUUAUCGUUGCCUAAGUUUAGAUCUUGGCUCACAGACGGCUUCUCAAGUAACAAGGCUGCAGGCUCACUUCAGCCACUCCACAGCGAGACAGACACAGAGCUCCACGCAGAGCUUUAAAGGGAGACGAGCAAAGGCACAGAAAAGUGGCAAGUCACAAGGAAAUAAUAGAGGCAGGAGAGAACGCCAAGCACUGCCAUAUGAUGAGACAUUUUAAGCAGAAGACAGAAACGUAGAGGGAGAAAGAGCACAAGUUGGACUAUUUGGCUUGGAAACGGCAUCAGUUUAUCUCUGCUCUUUACCUACUGGAAUUGGACAAUGACAGAGGAAGCUGAAGUGGGAGGUGACCUCUCUCCAACCUCUGGGUCUGAGCAACAGGCGCCACAUUUUCUGCAAGAUGUCAUCUUCCACGGCAAGUUUAAGCUGCUGAAGGCUCUAACCCCAGAGGAAAACUCCCUCUGCCAGCACGGCCUCUACUUCCAGGACGGUCAGCGGCGCGUUGACUACGUCCUCACCUACCCCGUGAAGAAGCCGUCCGCGGGGCGCUCCAGCCGACAGUCAACGCACCUGCUCACAGAGAAUGCCGUCGCCCGCAGCCUACGCCGCAACCAACAUCUCCGACAUCACCCGGCACAGAAGGCAAGAGACUCAUCGUCCCUGCUGUCGUCUCCAGCGGCCGACGUUGAGCUGGGCUGCCCGGGAGAGACCUUUGGCGGCCAGGAGGAUCACAAGGCGUUCAGGAGGGAGGAGUUCGAGGGGAAACUGAGAGACAUGGGGCUGGAGCUGGAGAAAGAUGAGGAUACCAAGGUUACAGGGGUAGGCUUUGUGAAGAUUCAUGCUCCCUGGAACGUUCUCUGUCGAGAGGCUGAGUUAAUGAAACUAAAGAUGCCCACCAAGAAGAUGUAUGAAGUCAAGCAGUCAAGCGGUGUUGUGGAAAAGAUCAGCUCUCUGGUCAGUAAAGUUCUGGAGCCCCUCCGCCCUCAUGUCGAGGAACAUCAUACCAAGAACAUCAAACACCUUUCACACACCUUUUCCAGGGAAAAACAACACCUGUUUGACCUCUCAGACAAAGAUUACUUCUUUGACAGCAAAACCAGGAGUUCAAUAGUUUUUGAAAUAUUAAAGAGGACAAAAUGCAAAGCCAAGUACAGCAUGGGAAUCACCAGUCUCCUGGGUAGUGGAGUCUAUACAGCAGCUUACCCUCUUCAUGAUGGAGAUAUUAAUGAGGAGAGUGCAGAACCCAAUGACAGAAAGCUUUUGUAUGAGGAGUGGGCAAACUACAGUGUCUUUUACAAGUACCAGCCCAUCGGACUUGUGCGGAAGUACUUUGGAGAGAAGAUUGGUCUGUACUUUGCCUGGUUGGGUCUGUAUACACAGAUGUUGAUUCCUGCCUCACUAGUGGGGGUCAUUGUCUUUCUGUAUGGAUGUGCAACAGUCGAUGACAACAUACCAAGCAUGGAGAUCUGCCACCCAAAGAACAACAUCACCAUGUGUCCUCUGUGUGACAGAGUGUGCAGCUACUGGAAGCUCAGUACUGCCUGUGGAACCGCCCGGGCCAGUCACCUUUUCGACAACCCUGCCACUGUUUUCUUUUCCAUAUUCAUGGCUCUGUGGGCUGCCAUGUUCAUGGAGCACUGGAAGCGGAGGCAGAUGAGACUGAACUAUGAAUGGGAUCUGACUGGGUUUGAAGAUGAGGAGGAAGCUCUCAAGGACCACCCCAGGGCCGAGUAUGAAUUCAGGGUCAUGCAGAAGUCUCUGAGCAAAGAUCAGAAAUCAAAGAUGGAAAAGCUCACAUGUCGAGACCGCCUCCCUGCCUACAUGACAAACAUUGUCAUGAUGCUGUUAAUGAUUGGUGUUACGUUUGCCAUUGUGUUUGGCGUGAUCCUCUAUCGGAUCUCCACCAAAGCCGCCCUUCAUAUGAGCUCCAAUCCGAUCACACGGAACCAUGUGCAACUGACGGUUAAAACUACCGCGGCCAUUAUCAACCUGGUGGUCAUCCUCAUACUGGAUGAGGUGUACGGAGCUGUGGCACGAUGGCUCACUGUGCUUGAGGUUCCUAAAACAGACAAGAGUUUUGAGGAACGACUCAUCUUCAAGACCUUCAUUCUCAAGUUUGUCAAUGCUUUCAGCCCCAUCAUCUACAUUGCUUUCUUCAGGGGGAGACUGGUAGGCAGGCCAGGCAGCUACCUGUAUGUGUUUGAAUCCUACAGAAUGGAAGAGUGUGCUCAUGGAGGCUGUUUGAUGGAACUAUGUAUCCAGCUGAGUAUCACCAUGUUGGGAAAGCAGCUAAUUCAGAACAAUCUUUUUGAGAUUGGAAUACCCAAACUGAAGAAGCUGAUUCGCUACAUUCGGUCAAAGCAAGGGGCUUUUCAAGAAGAGGAGAGACAGAAGAAGCUGCAGAGAUAUGAAACAGACCACUUCUUGGAACCAUUUGCUGGAUUAACACCUGAAUAUAUGGAAAUGAUCAUCCAGUUUGGUUUUGUUACACUGUUCGUGGCAUCCUUCCCCCUUGCUCCUCUCUUUGCUCUGCUCAACAACAUCAUCGAAAUACGUCUUGAUGCCAAGAAAUUUGUGACCGAGUUGCGAAGACCAGUGGCAGCAAGAGCCAAAGACAUUGGUAUAUGGUACAACCUACUAAGAGGGGUCGCAAAGGUUGCCGUCAUCAUUAAUGCAUUUGUCAUCUCCUUCACUUCAGACUUUAUUCCCCGGAUGGUCUACCAGUACAUGUACAGCCCUGAUGGCUCCAUGCAUGGAUUUGUCAACCACACGCUGUCCUAUUUUAAUGUCAGCCACUUCCAGGAUGGCAAAGAACCGAUGGAUCCGCUUCACCUUGGCUACCACGUUGAGAUCUGCAGGUAUAAGGACUAUAGAGAACCUCCUUGGUCAAGCACUCCAUAUGAGAUCUCAAAGGAAUUCUGGGCAGUGCUGGCUGUUCGACUGGCCUUCGUCAUUGUGUUCCAGAAUGUUGUGAUGCUGAUGAGCGACAUUGUGGACUGGCUGAUUCCAGACAUCCCUAAAGACAUCAGCCUCCAGAUCCACAAGGAGAAGAUUCUCUUGGUGGAUCUCUUCAUGAAAGAGGAGCAAGGCAAGAUCCAUAUCCUUGAGAGCAGUUACAGAUUGUCUACAGGGUGCAAGGAGAACUGCAGCAGGAGCGACAACAACAACAGCACAGCAGCUCACCCACGUUCCGGACUGCACACCAACAGCACUAAAAGCCUCUAAUGCUAGUAGCAAUGAAUUCUUAGUUCACUUUUGGAUAGCAAAUCCAAGCUUGCUAGCAGCCUGCUUGCUCAGGCCAACCUAAACUCUGUGUUUUUGUUCUUGUUCAGAACAUUCCAACAACUGGGAGAGCAGCUGGCUGAUGAGGUGUGCAUGGGGCCAGAUAUUGUGAAACUCUAUCUCAACCCAUACGUGCGACAAACUUUGCAAAGGUUUCAAGCAUUUGAAACACAAAUCUGUAUGUGUACACUAGGGAUGGUAGGACCCCAAUCAAAAACUGUGCACCUAGUACAAUUGACCCUUCUUAAGCCCCGCCCCUUUUUGCAAUGUGCUCCAAUGAGUCAUGAGUCAAUUCUCAUUCCCAGUCCCAAAGCGUCUGUAUUUGAUGGCCUGGGAAUGAGAUUUAGUAAACUACUAUCUUUCUUGGCUCUGAUUGGUUUCUUUCGUUCAGGCCCGGUGGAUUCUUGCAAGUGUCAUUAGGAGCACUAGGAGGAGCCAGAGGAACCUGAUUUUUUCACAGAUUAUCUGUUUCAUGUACUACUGUCAGGAUAUAGUGAAAGUUUCAGCGAAUAUGAAAAGUUAUUUUUACAAAAGUUACCUACUGCAGCUUUAAGAGGAACCAAAUAAAUAAAAGCAAACUAUCUGUAACCUAUUAAAUAGCAUCAAUCAUCAUAUUCCUUCAAAUUGUGUCAAAUCACACUGCAUUGCAACAGGGGAGAAUCAUAUCCUAGCCCAUCGGUAGUUGCUUCGUAUCUUUAAUGUAUUGGGCCUCAGUGCUGGAGAUGCUUAUCCUUGGUGAAUGUGUACAAAAAUCAUGCAUGCUCAGAUUUGCUAAGUGUACACAACUCUCUAAAUGUGCAUACGAUUUAUACAUUUGUAUAAGAAGAAAUAAUAAUAAAAAUGUGACUCAAAAAA